CAGACUGUGGAUUGCAAAGUGAAGUUGAACAAAGCUUGAAAGCAGCUUCUAAGCUCUCAUUCUCAGCAGUAUUUCAAUAAUUUAGUAUUAUAUAUACGCCAUGUUCUUAUUACAUAUGGUGAGGACCAUGUCCUUCCAGGAAGCAUAUUACAGGAUAAGGUGGAACGCCCUUCGGGAUAAGUUCCCCUACGAGCACAGGCUGGUCGAAGAUGUCCCAGAAGUCAUGCAGACCCUGCUGCUCUACGUGGCCAUGUGGAAGCCUCACCUUCAUGACAUAUUUCCCCUCCCGCCAAAUGCUUACGCAUUGGAAAAGCGUCUCAAGUUUAGAAUCGUUUACGGCGAGUUCCCCUGGAGCACAGAGCUCUUUUCCGACGGAUCGCCCAGUUUCCGGGUGCAGGCUGGGGUGGCCCUGCUGGUGGUGAAGGAAUACGUCGCCAGCCUCGAGGUCGCUCUCCUGGACCCGCCGGAGGCAUGGCACAGUGUGGGAGAGACGCUCAUGAACUAUCACGAGCAGCCCUUCCUCACGAUAAUCCCCUACAGCGUUGUGAGCGACGUCAAGCCCUUGCUGAAGAAAAUGACCAAAGGGCAGUCGGCCUUGCUUGAUCAAAUUGUCUUUCUCAUGCGUGCCAUUGCCAAGGAUCAACACGGGCAUGUUAACGGCGACCAGCUUCUCCAGCUAGCCAGAUUCUGGGCAGUGGCGAUAGCGCGGCGCCACAGCAUCAAGGGCCGCCUUCGAUGCACUUUUCUUAGCAAGAAUAGGUAUUUUGAAGGCAUAGCUCGUGUGCUCUUCACGCUUGCUUACUGGAAUAUAAGGGAGAGAGAGAAUCCCUUCAGCAGGGUCUUUCAACUAAACAGGACUCUUUCACCAGAGGCACUAGACUUGAGCGAUGUAAGGGUAUCUCUAUAGAGACCAAAUUGUGUUAU